AUGGAACCAGGAGUCACUUUCAACAGGACUAACGUUGUGACUCCCAUACACCCCUGCUACGAAAUAGAUAACUUCAAUUUCAUACUGACAAAGACCCCUUCCAUUAUAUGUGUAUUGUUGUAUAUUUUCCUAAUGCUAUUGUCUGUUAUCACAAUAUGUGGAAACCUUCUUGUCAUAAUCUCCGUCUUUUAUUUCCAACAGCUCCACACUCCUACUAACUAUCUCAUUCUCUCUCUGGCUGUGGCGGACCUGCUUGUCGGGAUCAUUGUCUUUCCUUUCAGCAUGGCAUUCUCUCUAAGCUCAUGUCUUUAUCACGAGGGUUUAUUUUACAGAUAUCACGCCGUGUGUCAGCCUCUGACCUAUAGAACUAAAAUAAACCACCGGGUUAUUGUGGUCAUGAUCCUGGUGAGCUGGGGGGUUUCCGCUCUAAUUGGAAUUAGCAUCAUAAUUGCUGGAUUAAACAAUGAAAAAUGUAAGGAGAUGUGUUUAAUUGAUGUUCUCAUAGAAAACACCAUUGGACCUAUUUUAUCAUUUUAUCUCCCAGUGAUCAUAAUGCUCUGUAUCUACCUAAAGAUUUUGAUGGUAGCACAGAGACAGGCACGCAGCAUCCAGAACACAAUCUGUCAGAGCACAAAGUCGGGAGCAACUGCCAGUAAGAUGGAGAGAAAGGCCACCAAAACUCUGGCUAUCGUUUUAGGAGUUUUUCUUUUAUUCUGGACUCCUUUCUUUCUUUGGGUCACCUUUCUGCCUUUUAGUAAUGACUCAGUACCAGUUCCUGUGAUUGAAACACUUAACUGGCUCGCACUGUCAAAUUCAAUGUUCAAUCCAUUUAUUUAUGCUUUCUUUUACAGCUGGUUCAGAUCAGCUUUCAGAAUGAUCAUUUCUGGAAAAAUAUUUCAAGGUGAUUAUACUACUUCAAAACUGUCUUGA